AUGGCGUCCAUGCAACUAACAAGAACAAGUCUCUUUGGUCUCUCGAAGGCUUUCCCUCGAGUCUUCCGACCAUCUCCGGCAACUCUCGCUGCUUCUAGCCGGAAAGUCUCUCGCGUCUGCUUUGCCUCCUCAGUUAGCCAUUCCGAGGGAAGAGAUCCGGUAGAGAACGCUAGAGACUCAAGGGUCGAUUCGGCUUACGGAUCAAAGAAAUGGAGAGAGGAUACUGGUGAAAACUAUGCUCAAGCUGCUAAAGACAAGGCUAACGAAGGGGCAAGCAAAGCUGCUGAUAAAGCUUAUGAGACAAAAGAGCAGGCUAAGGACACAGCCGACGAUGCGAAAGAGAAGGCUAAGGACUACGCAGAACGAACUAAGGAUAAGGUGAACGAAGGAGCGUAUAAGGCAGCGGAUAAAGCCGAAGAUACAAAAGAAAGAGCAAAGAAUUACGCAGAGGAUACAAUGGACAAUGCGAAAGGGAAAGCUCGAGAUGCGAAAGAGAAGGUCAAAGAGUAUGGAGAAGAUACUAAGGAGAAAGCAGAAGGGUUUAAGGAGACUGUGAAGGGUAAAGCUGAGGAACUUGGAGAGAAAACGAAGGAGACGGUGAAAGAAGCUUGGGAGAAGACCAAAAAUGCUGCACAGACCGCUACUGAGGCUGUGGUUGGGCCUGAAGACGAUGCUGAUAAAGCACGAGCUGAUAUCGAUAAAGGAGUGGACAAUCUAACUAAAAAAGCAGAGAAGAAAAAAGCGGAGAAAGAUCGUAAUGAGGAUGAUUUCAUAACAUUUAAAUAA